AGCAAAAUAAUUUUCAGGGUCAUGACUGUCAGACUUCAAAUUUCAUAGCUAGCAUUUUUAAAGGAAAAUAUCUAGUUAUUUAAUAUCUAUUAUGUGUCAUUGCCUUUGUAUUUUUCUAGAUAAAAACCAUGCUAAAAGUGAUUUUGUUGGCUGUGGUGCUAAGCGUUCACCUCAGCGUUGCGUCUGAAGAUGUCGGGAAGGUGGCACCUCAAGGAGAGGCUCUCAGCUCCGGAGGUGAAAAUGCCGAUGGAAAAAUUGCUGAUACCGACGAAAAAGCGCGGGUGAAGAUUAGAAGUCCGGACGAGAAUGAUCCAGAAAACCCUGACCGCAGUGCAAAAUUUUUUGCGUUCUACACUUCGAAAACCAAAGCCAUAAUAGCCACUUCUACGGUGUACAUGCUGUCGACGUGCUUCUCAACAACAGAUACGCCCUCAUGUUCGGGGAGGCGCAAGAGAAAUGUCUUUAGUGAUAAAAUGAACCCGUUCUUCAUUGACGAUGGAGGCAACAUGAUCAGCAGCAGUUUGAGCGAUCCAGACUUCGAAGUAAACUCUGACGCUAGGAAGCCGUCGGGCAAGAAGUUCACGAUUUGGAGCACGUUAUUCUCGACGUACACGGUCGUCACGACCUCGUAUUAUUCCGGGACCACCGUCACCGUGUCCGCUCUCUGCAACCCAGGCUUCGCUGCUUCAUGCUUCGGUUAACGAUAAAUAUGGUGACCGGUCAUAAGGGACACUCAACCAUUCAAUGGCCACGUGUCAGCUAAUCAUAUUGGAUUAUCUGGAAUUAGUAGCAAUUCUGAAAAUUUCUUGCGGGCGAUUUCUAUCCAGCACCCGAAAAUUGUUAUAUUUUUGGGCAUAUUUCUAAAAAAUCGGUUUGUACGCGAUGAUGGCGAAUAAAAAACAAAAUGGUACUAAGCUCAUUUAAAUCUGGGAGUUCCAUCAUUGCCAUGUUGUAACCUGACAAGCAGGCUAAUAGCAAGGCUCUGUCAGACAGGAUGUGCAUGAUGAUGGUAAGGCUUAUACGGUAAAGCUGUUAAACACGGCAGAUUAAAUCCCCAUUGCCUGGGAGGGUGGUUCAUGACCAUGACGAAAUCGAUGAUAAAACGCACCAAUAUAUAUCGGCAGAUGAAGAGGUAAAUAGUACGGUAUCAUCAACAUCAAGCUAGCACGGUACUCAUGGAAGUAUUGAUUCACACACACACACACACACACACACACACACACACACACACACACACACACACACAAACACACUCAAAUACACUCGCAACUCAGUGAAUAUUAACAUAAUUCAAAGACACAUCAAUUUUUAAGACAUGACCCUCGGUUUUCUACUGUUCUGUCAUUUCCUUUUUAGAGUCAAGGCAUAAAUGCGACUAAAUUUUUUCGAACUCAAUGAAUUCAUAUAAACUUAAAUUGUGCUGAUCCAAUAUUUACUACUAUGAAAUAGUGCUUCUGAAAUACGCGACUGAUAACAAAAUUUUCUUAGUGAUUUAUUGUUAAUGAUAAUAUCUUUAGUUAAUUAUAUUUUAAUGGUUGAUGUUACAUAGUAAAUCUCUCGUAUC